CUCAGAGCGGAGAAGAAGCAGGAAGUGAAAGUCACACAUGGAGGGUGUGUCCAUAGAUAGAAACAUAAAUAUAAAUCUAUCUAUCUAUGGGUGAGUCCUCCUCUACAGCUCCUCUCUCUGUGACAUAACCUCCCAGUCCUGCUCCUCCUGCUCCUCCUGCUGCGGUAGGGAGGAGGACACCAUGGGGGACUCGGCCCGGACCAGGCGCAGGGAGCAGCUGAAGCGCUGGGCCGGCUCCUGCACCGACAGAGCCCCGGCCCUGCCCCGGAGGAGGUGGAGGGGAGCCGGGGAGCAGCCCGCCGGGGAGCCCGGGGAGCAGCAGCCUCCCCGGGGAGGAGCAGAGGAGACCAGCCCGGAGCUCAAACGGAGGAAGAGGGUGAGGUUCGACCGGGCCGCAGAGUUCCUGGCUGCCUGCGCCAGCGGAGACACCGACGAGGCCCAGGUGAUGCUGAAGGAGGCCCAGGUGAUGCUGAAGGAGGCCGAGGAAACCAAACGGAGGGACGAAGAAACCAAACGGAGGGACGAAGAGGACGAAGUGGGAGAACUGAUCAACUGCUCCAACGCUGACGGGAUCACGGCUCUGCACCAGUCGUGCAUCGAUGGCAGCAUGGAGAUCGUGUCCUUCCUGCUGGAGAACGGCGCCACGGUGAACCAGGUGGACAACGAGGGCUGGACGCCGCUGCACGUGGCUGCGUCCUGCGGCUACCCCGAGAUAGCAGACUUUCUGCUGCAGAACGGAGCGUCUCUGUGUGCUGUGAACUGUGACGGAGACGUUCCUCUGGACAUCGCUCUGGACGAGACCACCGAGUCUCUGCUGCACAGCUACUCCCAGAGGCAGGGUGUGGACCUGGAGGCCGCCAAGCGUCUGGAGGAGGAGCAGAUCCUGUCGGACGCCCGGACCUGGCUGAAGGAGGGCCCCCCCGCUGACGUGCAGCACCCCCGGACCGGGGCCACGCCGCUGCAUGUGGCUGCAGCUAAAGGCUACCUGGAGGCCCUGAAGAUCCUGUGUCAGUGCGGUCUGGACGUGUCGGCGGUGGACCUGGACGGCUGGACGCCGCUCCACGCCGCCGCUCACUGGGGCCAGAGCGAAGCCUGCCGCGUCCUGGCAGAACACCUCUGUGACAUGGAGGCUCGCAGCAACGCCGGUCAGACGCCGUUCGACGUGGCUGAUGAAAGCGUGGAGGAGCUCCUGGAGGAGUUAUCACAGAAACAAUCGAUCUUAGAGAAACAGAAUCCUCAGAGCCCCAACGCCGCCAACGCUCCCAACAAGAAGCGCAGGAGCUCCGUGUGCAGGAUGAGCAGCAGAGACAAGAUGAACGUCCAGGACCAGUCCAAGGAGAGAGGAGUGUCUGGAGGUCUGGAGCUGAGGGAGGAGAAGGAGAGCAGCCCCGAAUCCUCGGCGGUGUCCAGUCCAGAGAGCCUCCCCACUCUGAGCUCUGCUGACAAGACUCCAGAGGAGAAGGAGGAGGAGGAGAAGGAGCAGGACAAGGCGAACCGCACCGCCAGAGUCCAGCCGACUCCUCAGACGCCUCAGACCAGGGAGGCCGAGAGCCCCAACACCCCCAACACCGACCGCCGCAAGUUCCAGGCUCCCGUCAGAGACGAAGAGUCGGAGUCCCAGAGGAAAGCUCGCUCUCGGCUGAUGCGCCAGUCUCGCCGCUCCACACAGGGUGUGACUCUGACGGACCUGAAAGAAGCUGAGAAGACUGUGAGUAAAGCGUCCGAUCUUCCUCCUCCUCUUCCUCGCAGCGUGCAGCCCGUCAGCCCCAUCGUUACCGUGACGCCCGCUGAGAGGGAUCCAGAAGCUGUGAACCAGGGGGAGGUGGAGGAGAAGCGUCUGGGAGUGAAGGAGAGGAGGAGAGGGAGGAGAGAGAGACGCUCCACCGGCAUCGUUCAGCUCGACGCUGAGAACGAAGAUGAAGACGCUCAGUCAGAUGACACCAACAGUGUUUCUCAGGAGAGUUCACCUGGAGACAACAUGUCCUCUGACUACAGAACGCUGUACUUUAAGGUCCUGCAGGACAACGUGUCCCUGAAGGAGCAGCUGACGGAGAUGGAGCUGCUGCUGAGUCAGAACAAGGUGGAGCUGGAGAGACUCCGACAGGUUCGACAGAGUGAGGAGGGAUCCUCAGACAGACCGGCCCUGCUGGAGCUGGAGAGAUAUGAGAAGAUGGCCCUCCAGAGGAAAGCCGUGGAGCUGGAGGAUGAGCUGAAGGUUCUGGGGGACCUGAGAGCAGACAACCAGAGGCUGAAGGACGAGAACGCCGCCCUCAUUCGAGUCAUCAGCAAACUGUCCAGAUGAACGUUAGAAACUAAAGUAGCCGGAGUGGAAAGUGUUAAAGAGGAACUCGUGUCAGCACAUCAAGUCAAACUGGAAGAACAACGUGUAGAUUUCAGGGUUUUUAUGUUUCGGCAGAUCUACUGUACAACAAGCUCCGCUGCUCCUCCUUUUAUAUUAAUAAGUCUUGUAUUUUUUAACUGGAAUAUUUUAAUGUGCUUUGCUCCUCUGAUACUUUGUAUAAAGUCUGUAUUAAGAGAUUUAAAGCCAUGCACAAAAGAUCACAGCGACGUUUUAAAAAGCCUUCUGACCUCUGAAGAGGAGAGAAAUAAAAAUAAAGCCAGUCGGGUUCAUGCCAGUGACUAGAAAAGACUUCCUGUAAAUGUGCCAAAAACCAGCCCUGGCUCCUCCAGGUCCUCCAGGUCUACAGGUCUGCAGG